AGUUGUUGAAAAAAAGCGGCAUAUAUAGGCAGAUUCAAUUUUAAUAAAUGGUGAACCGUUGCAGAUUAUUAUGAAACUUUUAAUCAUUUUUUUAUAUUUUGCUUCAAUGUUUUUUGGUUCGCAAUUUACACGGGAAAUAAGCUCUUCGAUAGAAAUACAUAAUGCAGCCCAAAGGGGAGAUGUGAAUAAGGUUAAGGAAUUGAUUCAAAAUGGAGUGAAUGUUAAUAACAAAAAUAGUGAUGGCUGGACACCUUUAAUAACGGCUUCAUUUUUUGGCAAGAAUGAUGUGAUCAACGUUUUAAUCAGAAAUGGUGCAAAUAUCAACGAUAAAAGCAAUUAUGGGUAUACCGGUUUGCAUGUCGCUGUUCAACAAAAUAAAGAAGAGACAGUGGAUUUUCUGCUAAAACACGGUUCAGAUAUAAAUACCAUCAACAAUGAUGACUGGACACCUUUAAUUAGUGCAGUGGAUGGAGGUCUUUUAAAUAUGACCAAAUUACUGAUAAGAAAUGGUGCAUCAAUCGACAAACAAACGAAAUUUGGAUAUACUGCGCUGCAUAUAUCUGUUCAAAAAGGUAACGCGGAGCUAGUGGAAAUGCUACUAAAAAAUCAAGCGGAUAAAAGUAUUAAAAAUAAUGAUGGAGUGUCGCCAAUGGAACUGUCUGAAACAAUAGGAAACAAAAGGAUUUGUGAACUUUUUCAAAAAACUGUUUUUCGACCAGCACAAAAAGCUUGUCAACUGUACUCACAGUGGCCAAUCGAUAGAAUUUUAGGCGGUGAAUCCGUUGAUUCGACGGAUGAUUUUCCAUGGAUGGCUGCUCUGGGUUACAUUGAUGAAUAUUACCAACUGAAUUUUGACUGUGGUGGAACUAUCAUCUCGGAUAUUUUUAUACUUACCGCCGCACAUUGUGUCAAACCCCGACGGCCAAUUGUAGCUCGAAUGGGAAAGUUGGCUUUAACCAAUGAAGAUGGUGUUAAAGCAGUUAAUCGUCAAAUAAAGGAAGUCAUAGCACACCCCAAGCAUUCAUCGCUAACCAAGCAGAACGAUAUAGCUUUGCUUAAAAUCACCAAACGAAUCGAUUUUUCAAAUAAAAUAAUGCCAGGAUGUCUAAACAUUGAUAUGCGUGACGCCUCGCAAAGUGUCACACUCAUUGUUACCGGAUGGGGAAGUAUUUCAGCUGAACAAACGAUACGAUCAAAUGAGCUACGUAAGACGUAUUUGGUAACAAUGCCAUUAUCAGAGUGCAAUGAUACAAUGAUACAUUACAACCAACUACCGAAUCACGCUCCAUUCCGAAAUGGCAUCAGUCAAGGGCAGUACUGUGCGUAUGAUCCACAAGGAGUAAAUGACAGUUGCCGAGGCGACAGUGGUGGCCCACUUCAAUACUUUGAUAAGAAUUCGUCCGUCGUUCAUAUUGUGGGCAUUGUGUCAUUCGGUAUUAGCUGCGGUACAUCUUUACCAAGCAUUUACACCAGAGUCGCUUAUUACUUGAACUGGAUUGAGCCCAUUGUUUGGCCAAAUUUGUAAAUCUUUUUUUUUUUUUUUUGGAA